UCUCUUCUUCUUCCUCCUCUAACUUUGCACUUCUAGCUAGCUUCUUCUUCUUCUCCUCCUCCUUAAGGUAUGUUGCACUGCCGUGGUGCUUCUCCCCCGUUAACUGAUGAAUGAGUUUAUGUUUUGGUUUCUGUUUUUUGGGGUAUGUGAUUGCUGCCUACAAGUCCAUUGUCUCUCUCUCUUGGCCUUACUGUUGCUUAGCUGCUAGCUUCUAGUUUGUACCAAGGCCUAGGGGAGGGAUGAGUGAAGCUUUGCCAUAUCCUGGUGGAAUUGUACCUGUUUCAAUUCUAGCACUUGUUGUUUCCUCUGCCGAAAUCGUCUCAGGUAGGUACUGCUAGUGCCCAAAGUUUUGGCGAUACCGGUAUUUCAGAAUUCAGAGUUUUGGCAUCUACCUUGCGAUCUUUUCCCCCAUUUUGGUCUCUUCCAUUGUUUCCUUUUCGACCUCCGGAGCUGGUUUCCCUCGGUCUCUAGCCCAUCUCAGGUUCUUGGGGUGCGCGCGGCUUGACGCCUCCUGCUGGUUCCGUUCCCCUCUCAGAGUUUCUAGUUCUUGUUCUUUCUGCUCUGAAUCUUGAUACUCGAUGGACAAAAUAAUAAUUCUGCUCGGUGUCUGUCCUCUGUCCUAAUGUUCUCGCUGUAAUUUUGCAAUUUUGCUCUCGGUCUCUAGCGUGUCGCACUGCCAUGGAAUUGAAUCGCCGUAAUUGCAAUCAUCGUUCUCUUCUGAAAUUCUGCUUUUAUUACAGCAUGGCUCAGAUUAAUCCCAUCUGUUUUUCUUUUCUUUCACGGCCAGUCCUCCACAGAGUCCAGCGGAAGGCGUCGCAAUCUUCUUCCCAUUUAUAAUCGCAGCAGUGAGUGUGGGAUCCAUUCCAUGGCAGAGUGGUUUAAUGGCCGCACAUUGAAACUGCGUCCAUUUCCCCAUCGCCAUUAAUUGAGCUAGCGAUCAGCUCGCCAUGGCUGGUCCUUCUUGUCCAACCCUCCUUUAAUGGCGCAACUGUAGUGCGCAUUUUCUUGGACCCAUUUUUGGUCGUGUAGAUGCUUCUUUCCGCUUGUGCUCUCGGGUCAGGUCGCUCCCUUCGUCGUCCUCUCCUGCUGCGUUAACGUUAAUGGCUUGUAGUAGCCACACUUCAUCAGCUCAUCUUCCCCGCCUUUAUUCUCCCGAGCUUUCAUGGCGUUUGGUGGCGCAAACGGCCGCAUUAAAAAGCUUAAAUUGUUCUCUGGAAAAAGACCCGAUCUUUCCCUUUGGCGUCCGCAUUAAUUUGGCAUCCUGAGUGGGUGCGGAUUAGCACGGCCUCCUUGGAUUCUUGUACUGCUCCAUUAAUCGGACGUUCUUGCACCGUUCAGUGGUAAGAUCAAGAAUCUGUUCGACGAGAGGCCGGUCGGGCGCGGAGCAAGGCGGCCGCCCAGAGUAGUGCUGCACGGCUUCCCCGGCGGCGCCGAGACGUUCGAGCUCGUCGCGAGGUUCUGCUACACCGGCGGCGGUUUAGCGGUGGUGACCGCGGCCAACGCCUGCGCGCUGCGCUGCGCGGCCGAGUUCAUGAACAUGGCGCCGAGCUUGGCGAAGCUGGCGGAGAAGGCGCUCGACGAAAUGCCGCACUGGCCGUGGCAGAGCGUCGUGGACGCCGUGAGGCAGUGCGAGCGCCUGCUCCCGCUGGCCGAGUCCACCGGCGUGCUCGGGCGUGUCGCUGGCGCGCUCCUGUCCCACAUGGCCGUCGUCGGGGACGCCACCCCGACGAGCUCCUCGCCCGAGAGCUCGGCGUUCCGGUUCUCGUGCGACACCAAGAGCAGCGCCAGCCUCUUCAGCAGCACCGCACGGUGUAAUGGCUCCAGCCGGACGUGGUGGUUCGAGGACCUGGUCGUCGUCCUCAGCCCCGGCAUGCUGGAGCGGCUGGCCAGGGCGCUCCUGGCCAGGGGCGCCGACCACGGCGUCGUCGCCCGCUUCCUCUUCUACUAUCUGAAAUGCCGCCUGGCCGGCGCGGCGAACGCGGAGGACAAGGCCGCCAUGCUCGAGGCCGUGAUCAUUGUCAUAGCCGAUGACCUCGACCGGAGCUCAGUCUCCUGUAAGGGCCUCUUCGGCAUCCUGAGGGUAGCGUCGCCGCUCAGGCUGGCCGGCGCUUGCCAGGACAGGCUCGUCGCCAUGAUCGGCCGCAAGCUGGACCACGCCACGCUCGACAACCUGCUCGUCCAGGCGCCGUGUUCCGGGAAGAAGACGAGAGGCGGCGGCGGCAGCCUGUACGACGUGGGUCUGGUGCUCAGGUUCCUGGAGGCGUUCCUGCGCGAGGAGCCGGAGCCGGCGAGGCUGAAGAAGGUGGGCGCGCUGGUGGACCUGUACCUGGCCGAGGUGGCGCCGGACCCGUCGCUGCGGCCGGCCCGGUUCGUCGAGCUCGCCACCGCGCUGCCGCCCGCCGCCAGGGACUGCCACGACGCGCUCUACCGCGCCAUCGAUGUCUACUUCCAGGUUCACGGCCGGCUGACGGACGAGGAGAAGAUGAAGAUCUGCAAGGGGAUCAACUACGAGAGGCUGUCGCCCGAUUGCUGCAAGCACCUGGCGAGGAACGCCGGGUUCCCGACGAGGGCGGCCGUGCAGGCCCUGGCGUCGCAGCACGCCGUGCUCAAGGGCAUCAUCCGACACUCGGGCCCCAUGAAACCUCCACCUCCUUCUGCUCCUCCGGCCACGGGGAAGCACCAACGCGACGGCCACGACGACGGCGGCGACCAGCAGCAAGUUGUCCUGUACGCGAGCCGGCUGGAGCUGUCGCUGGAGAACCAGAGCCUCAAGUCGCUCCUGGACGGGAUGAACUGGCGGAUGAUGGAGCUGGAGAAGGUGUGCAGCCGGAUGAAGACGCAGAUGAACAAGAUGAAGGCCUCCAGAAGAGGAGGCGUCGCCGCCGGCUGCACGGCGAGAUCACUCCCCAGGAUGUGUUCUUGAUUCUUGAUCACACUCUGCCAUGAACAACACUGCACAGUAGUAGUGAAUGAAUGUUUGUACAUAGGCUCUGCUUUUUAUUUUUUAUCCAUUUUUUUUCCUCCUGCGUACCAGCUCUUGGGUGAUCAAUCUGAUUUGAGAAUGGAUAUCGAUUAUGUGGAGAAUCUGUUCUUGUUACAGCUUGUGGAUGGAUAGAUAGAUUCGAUGAUCAACUAACAAGACAGAGAUGUAAGUAAGAUGCCGCCAAGUACAACUGCCUCAUUUUUUUA